AUGAUUACACUUAAGACGGAACAGUCGAUCUCCCGGGAAACCCUGUCCGGCGAUCCAAGCGUGGCAGAUGGACCACCUGCUCCUUUAUCUGAGACCAGCGGGACCAAGCCCAACAUCUCGCCGAUCGGUGCGAACCAGUUCGACGAUUUUGACACGAAGGAGAAGGCCCACAAGCUUUCCUUCUUCGACUGGUGGAUGUUCAAAGUCUUCUUCGGGGCACCCUUUGGCAACACCGUCCUCGUGUAUAUCCAGGACAAUGUGGGCUGGGCCCUUGGUUACGGUCUCCCUGCCCUUGCGCUCGCGGUCGCGAUUGCGAUCUUCCUUGCGGGCACCCCUAUGUACUGGCAUCGGGUGCCUGCAGGCAGCCCAAUCACGAGGAUGGCGCGGGUCAUCGUGGCCGCCACGAGGAAGUGGAGGGUGCAGGUCUUGAGCAAUCCGAACGAGCUCUGUGAGCUCGACCCGCAAGAGUAUGCCAGCAAAAGGAAAUUUAGGAUCAACUCGACACCAACCUUGAGAUAG